AUAAGUGCGCAUGCGCAACUGUAUUUAAUCUUCCUACCGAGUUAACUUGCUCCACCUUUUGACAGCAAAGUGUUAACAAAGAAGUUUUAAACACAACAUUUAACGUCGCUCUUAGCGUUUUGGUGGGGAAAUUUAGGCGAUGUUUGUGUAUAUUAGUGUUUUCACCCGCUUUCAGAAAGUGAAUGUUGUGACUUUAUUUGGGACAAAAGCUGGUUGGUGAAGCUAGUUCCGCCUUGCUUUUGUCCCUGUGAUGGACCGCAGCGACAAGUGUCAAAAGUAAUCAGAGCUCAACGAGAACAAGGGAAACACACGUCUCCUGUCAUUUUGGAUACAUUUCUACAUAAAUUAAGCGCUUCCUAGAAACGGCGUGCUGUAAUCACUUAACUACUACGUUGUCCUGCUGGAAGAAGAAAGCAAAGAAGUCACAGUCAAACUACAAGGACAGCAUUUUGAGGGAAGAUUUUAUCGAACAUCAAUGAUCUUCAGUAGAAGAGCUGUCGGCUGCUGAGUUUUGGAAACUGUGAUGGAAAAUCCUGACGAUGAGGUGGACCUGCAACACAGCACAACAGGGGUUGACGACGGAAACUCUGGAGGGGGAACACCUCCAACCAAACGCAAAGGCAAAUUCUCCAAAAUGGGAAGGAUCUUCAAGCCCUGGAAAUGGAGAAAGAAGAAGCCAAGUGAGAAGUUUGCUGAAACAUCUAUAGCUUUGGAAAGAAAGAUUUCAGUUCGAAAAAGCCGUCAAGAGUUGAUUGCAAGAGGGGUUCUAAAGGAAAUCCCAGAGAAUGAGAGCAAUGAUGUGAACCACUCUAAAGCACCAGUGAAGAAUGGCCACCCUGUGCCCAUGGACGUGGAUAAGGUGUCAGAAGUGGGAGUGCGGGUGUCCCGAGGGGAGUCCGACAUCAAGGUGAAUUCCCUCAGGCUGGCUCAGGGAGACGAACGCCGAAACAGAGCACCGUCCGACGCCUCCCGAAGCAAUCGGGCACCUCUGGAUGUGGACUCUCACGCACGGCUUCCUGUGGAUGUAGACAGACGAAACCGCCUGCCAUCAGAUGUGGAUAAGAGAGGAUCUUUAACCCGAGGACCUCCACAAGAUGAUAGAUACCGCAGAGAAGAGAGGAGAGACGGCAAAGAUGACAGGGAGGACAGAGGGAGGAGAGACAGGGAAGACAUGGAAAGAAGGGACAGGGAGAGAGAAGGAGGGAGGGAAGACAGAGACUUCAGGGACAGGCGAGAGAAGAGAGAUGAUAGGACAGAUAGAGACAACAGGGAAAGGAGAGAUCGGGAUGAGCGGGAGCGAAGAGAUCGGGAUGAGAGAGAAAGGAGGGAUCGGGAUGAGAGGGAAAGGAGGGAUCGCGACGAGAGAGAAAGGAGAGACAGGGACGAGAGGGAAAGGAGAGAUCGCGAUGAGAGGGAAAAGAGGGAGCGUGAAGACAGAGAAAGGCGAGAUGAGCGGGACAGGAGAGAAGACAGGGAUCGGCGGCCUGAGAGGGAAAGGAGAGAGAACCGAGAUGACAGAGAAAGAGAAGACAGGGAGAGGAAAGACCCUCGAGCGGAGAGAGAUGACAGAGAUAGAAGAGAUGAGCGAGACAGGAGAGAAGACAGAGAGAGGAGAGAGGACAGGGACAAAUGGGACGACUGGUCCAAGAGGAACGAAAGAGCACGACGAGACGACCGGGAGAAGGAAAGGAGAGAAAAGCCAGAGCCUCUGCGCUCCGUGGACGAGUCUCGACCUCCAGUCAGGCCCGUCUCUGAGAUGGACACACGGCCUCCUCUACAGAAGAGCUCCUCAGAGGACAACAAGAAGCCUCGGCCCGCCUCAGAGGCUGACCGCAGGUCCACCCUGCCCAGAUACAACCCAUCUGUAGAGUUCAGAGAACGCUCAGAAUCCGCUGCCGCUGGUGUUCGCUUUUCCCCCGACCCUCACCCGACACAGGACUCUCAGCAGGAACCUCCCCCUGCCAAACAGGCCCUGCUUCCCCCGAAAUUCCUCACUACUCCUUCCACCGAUCCCGGCAGAAGUUCAACCCCCACCCCUUCUUCUUCAUCCUCCUCUUCAUCCUCCUCCUCCUCCACCUCCUCCUCCACCGCUCCUGUAGCUGUGGCCAGGCCGCCACGGACAGUCUCCCUAAUAGCAGAUGACCCACCUCGACCUUCCUCGGGCGACUCCGACACGCCGCCCCCUGUCCCUCCCCAUGGCAAGCAGCCUCCCGUCCCUCCACCCAAACCCACCAACCGUAACAGCAACCCUGCACUGCUCGCGGAGCUUUCACAGGCUGGCAGCGGCAUCAUCGUGGUUCCAGCACCCACUAAGCGCUCUCCACCAACCCCACCAAAGAGGAUGACCCCUGUCACCAAGCGCCAUUCUGUGGACCCUUCUCCUCCCAGCCAAAUCCCAGAGUCCUCCACCCCUGACCCGGCGUCUGCCCCCGUACCGCUGCCCUCUGCUGUCCCCGUAGGAGAUAACACUGAGGACAAGAGUAGUACGGCAGCCCAGCAGCCCUCUACUGAACCUCUGCUAUCACCGCCCUCACACAUACCGCCAUCUCCUCCCAGGGUUCAUUCGCUCCCUCCGCCCAGCACCUCCUCCGGUACCACCGUGCAAGUCGAUCCCCCCAGCCCCACCACCGAGCCUCCCAGCCAGCCUCCAGCCAUCCCCCUGCACAUCCUCAUCCAGAGAGCCUUGGCCAGCCCCGGCCCGGCUCAGCCCAACCCCGACGGCUCCCAGAGGGCCCACUCGCUGCUGUUUGAAUCUCCUCCAGAUUUCCUCAACGAGGUGAUGGUUAACUCACGGAACUCUCUCCCCAUCACCAUCGAACCUCUCAGGCUGCCAGAAGACGAUGACUUCGACAUGGAGGAGGAGCUGCGCAAGUUGCAGCCUCAGAGAUUCCCCCGCCAGCCUGAGCUGGGGCCCCGCAGCCGGAGGGGUUUGAUCGGAGACCCUAAUGUCUGCGUCAUCCCCGAAGGCGGAGGACCCGACGACAGCGAGGAGGAGUCCGACUCCGACGGUCCCGUCCUGUACAGAGACGACGACGACGAUGACGACGACGAUGAGGAAGGCCCUCCGAGUGGGCUGGCGAGCCGCGUGAAGAGGAAGGACACGUUGGCCCUGAAGCUGGAGAGACAGGAGAGAGAGGAGAGAGACACUCAGGAGAACCAGGACGGCAUGAGUUGGAACAACAGGGAGCAGUGGGUGGCAGUGAGGAACAGGAUUGGCACCGCACUAACACGGCGGCUGAGUCAGAGACCGACAGCAGAGGAGUUGGAGCAGAGAAACAUCCUUCAAGCCAAGAAUGAAGCGGACCGACGACUAGAGAGAUGCGAGAUCAAACGGAGGCUCACCAGAAAGCUGUCCCAGAGACCAACAGUGGCUGAACUUCAGGCGAGGAAGAUCCUGCGUUUCCACGAGUACGUGGAGUCCACCCAUGCCCACGACUACGACCGGCGAGCAGAUAAACCGUGGACCAAGCUGACUCCUGCUGACAAGGCUGCCAUCCGCAAGGAGCUGAAUGAAUUCAAGAGUUCAGAGAUGGAGGUUCACGAAGAAAGCAGGAUCUAUACCCGAUUCCACCGGCCUUAGCCGCCCAUGCUGACCAGUAAAGCACUUAAACCGAGUGUCCAGUCUGUCCGCACUGCAGCGAGGAGGCACCAUGAACUCAACAUGUGGCCCAUUUGGUUCAUUUUUACUGACUGCCUACUAACCCGCUCCAGCUGAAGACACUACCGUUGCUGAAAACUGGAACCAAAGGUAGAAAAGCCACACAGUGGUUCAGCCUCAGGUGGUUCUCAGAACAUUGACCGUGGAGUUCAGGACAGGAGGAAUUUGUUGGCGCGUCCAUGACGGAGGCGCCCGGUGCCAACACUAAAAGUGUGAGAAACCCUUCCCCCCAACCGUCUGCUGGGGGCUGCACAGCUCAUUAAGAGUUAGAUUGAACUGGAGGGUUAACCUCUACUGUACUGUAUGUAUCACACUGUCUCCCUCAGGGGAAACUACUCUCACCUUGCCUUUGCCUUCCUUCACCAUAUAUUUUCUCCCUUCCUCCCAGGAAAGGAAGACUACGCACAUUAAGAGAUCACUGUAGUUUUAUAUUAGCACUGUAGAUACGUGUGUGUACUAUAAAUGUCUAUCUAAAGGUUGCCACACAGCACCCGCCUUACUCCUCAUAUGAUUUAACACACUCAUGUAAUUUAAGGUUCAGACAGAAUGUGAAACCAUGUGGUACAACAGUGUGUUAGUGAUGGAAAAAUUAGUCUAGACCCUCCAACCUAAUAUAUAAUAUCAUAACCUGUGCAUUUUACUGUAUGUUGUUGAUCAUUUAAAUGAUUCUCAUGGAGCACAUAUCACUAGAUAAUUUUAUAACAAGGCACCUCAUGUUCCUUAAUUGGGUGUAUAGAAAAUUUAACAUUUUUGAAACCAUAAUUCUAUAUGUUUAUAAUUGAAUUAUUCCAGCAGGAAAAUGUACAUAUUUUUAUUUUCCUGGCUGUUUUAUGGUACUUAAUAUAUGCAGGUCAAUAGUUGUAUAGACCACCUGUGUAGAUUUGAUUGCCUGCUGAUAUGUUUUAAUUGUAAAGUAUUUCUCAAAUGUUAUUUCCAACUAGUAAUGGUACAAAAUAUUUUGUUUUCUUUUUUGAUACAGAGAUCUUUAAAACUUUUUUUUUGGAAAACCACAGUAUAAUUGAACAAUCCACUCAGAAAUUAAAAUAACUUGUGAUUUACAUUUCAA